CGCCAUAGUUAUACUGUAGGAUGGGGGAUAGCUGCAUCUUUAGGGCAGUCUUGGGUAAGUGGUUAGGGCGUCAGACUUGUAUCCCAAAGGUUGCCGGUUCAAUUCCUGACCUGCCAGUUUGGUGGGGGUAGUAAUUCUCCAUCUCUGAGGUACCCUGAAUAUGCUACUGUCCCGCCACACUGUUCCCUUGGGGCGCCAUUGGGGGCUGCCCCCUUGCACGGGUGAGGCAUAAAUGCAAUUUUGCAGUGUGCAGUGAACACUUGUGUGCUGUGGAGUGCUGUGUUGUAAUGACGAUGGGAGUUGGAGUUUCCCAGGUGGGCUUUCACUUUCACUUUUCACUUCACUUUCACCUCUGACUCAGGCUGUCCCUGACGCAUUGUCAACCAUGAGCACAGUCUCGCGGAAAAUCAACUGUAUGCUUCCUUGCAACCAUAGGCUACUUCUCCCGGCCACGGAGGCUCUCUUCAGGAGCUCUCUCAUAUGGCUCACACAGUAGGUGCACACUUUGGAUAACAGAAAGCUGGCUCAUUGGCAUCCCAGUUAAGAGAAAGUGUUUGGUACCCCUGGGUUUGAAAAAAUGUUGGGGUAGCCUGUCCUCCCCUUAUGGUCCCUAUGGUGUCUCUGACACAGUGCCAAACAUAUUGGAGAGGGAUUUAAAAAAAAAAAUUAAAAGCAGUCCUAUAAAUAUAUUUCCAUUUGUUUUUUCCUUCUGAGUCCUUAACAAUAAGAGGUUAUUUUUGACAUGUAAAUUAAGACAUUACAUGGAAGAUUUGUGCUUCUAUUACUGUGUAACUGAAGGUUUAGACAGCUAUGGCUUUAGUAAUACAAAUGUCAAGAAUUGCGCACUUUUAGCUGGUUACUGUACUGUAUUGCAUGGAGUAUGCUAUCACAAUACAAUCUACCCAAUAAACUAUAUACCAUUGCCAAACACAUUUGGGUACAUUCUAUCUUCAACCCUCUCUUCAGUAUGAAGUAAGGCUUGCAAGGAAACGUGGGCAGAAAAGGAAAAAGCAAAAGACCACAGCACGAAAUCAGUUAUUGAUUGGUGGGUUCGCUGUUGCCAAGACAAUACCCCUUUUCCAGGCAAAACCAACUGGAUAUUGAAGUUAGGCUAUCAGCAGAGGGCGCUAAUAGCCCAUUACUUUCAUGCAAAGAAUGCCACAAGUGUUGUUAUUUUAAUGUAUUUUGAUAUGAUUCCCCCAAUGUACAAUGGAAGGUUAUCAAACGCGCUUUUGUUGAUUCCAGGGCCAUAUGUUUUGUUGUAGGCCUACCCAGGUCUUGCCAUGCCCUGCUUUUGCUCUGCUAACAUUUACAAAUUGUUUAUAUAUGUGUUUUAUGUGAAUGAAUUUGGAUCUGGAAAGCACAACAAACAUUCAAGAUGUAUGGUAUACCUGGUGUGCCAUCACAAAAAUAUAAUUCGAAAAGCCAUGUAUUACUAGUAGGAGCACACUUUGCAGUCUACAUUGGACACAAGCUGGGUUUUAUACGUCAUGCAAAAAAGCCCACUUCCGAGGCUUGCUAAUGAACGCGCAGCAGUAGCUCCCCCCAACUCUGACGUAGAGGAGGCAGGCAGCCUGAGGGCGGUCUGCCCUUAUAUUCAGCAGAGAAGCCGGAGAGCGCACACAGUGCCAACACUUGGAGUAGGAGAAGCGCACCGUAAUGGAUAUACUGAAGAAUACAAACUAUGUGCAAACAACAAGCAAACAGACAGUGAGUGAUCAAAGCACGGUUGGAGAUAUGCGAUGGAAGAAGGGGCAGGACCAGGGACAAGGACCCUCGGAGCUGUCCAGGAUCAUUACAGAUAAUGCCACUGGAAAGUGUUAUUGCCGUGGAAAAGUUCUUGGAAAGGGUGGUUUUGCGAAAUGCUACGAAAUGACAGACCUUUCCACCAGCAAGGUGUAUGCAGCAAAAAUCGUUCCUCACGCGCGCGUCUCCAAACCCCAUCAACGGGAGAAGAUUGACAAAGAAAUCGAACUCCACAAAGCACUCCAUCAUAAAAACAUCGUCCACUUCUAUCAUCACUUUGAAGACAAAGACAACAUCUACAUUCUGUUGGAAUACUGCAGUAGAAGAUCAUUGGCGCACAUCCUGAAGGCACGCAAGGUGCUUACAGAGCCUGAGGUUCGUUAUUACCUCAAACAGAUAGUGUCUGCAUUGAAGUAUCUCCACGACCAAGAGAUUCUGCACAGAGACCUGAAAUUAGGUAACCUAUUCAUCAAUGACUCGAUGGAGGUGAAGUUGGGCGACUUUGGCUUGGCGGCCAAGCUGGAGCCAGUGUGCAACAGGAGAAAGACCAUCUGUGGAACCCCCAACUACCUGUCCCCCGAAGUCCUCAACAAGCAAGGCCACGGCUGUGAAUCAGAUGUUUGGGCUCUCGGUUGUGUCAUGUACACCAUGCUUCUGGGUAGACCGCCCUUCGAGACCACCAACCUGAAGGAGACGUACAGGUGCAUCCGGGAGGCGCGCUACACCAUGCCCGCCUCCCUGUCCCUCCCUGCCAAGCAGCUCAUCGCCAGCAUGCUGUCCAAGGCCCCUGAGCACAGGCCACACCUCCACGACAUCCUGCACCAAGACUUCCUCACGCAGGGCUUUAUGCCGGAGCACCUCCCCCCCAGCUCCUGCCACAGCACGCCGGACUUCCACGUCUCCAGCCCGGCAAAGAGCUUUUUCAAGAAGGCCGCAGCCGCUCUCUUCGGUGGAAAGAAGGACAAGGCCAAGUACCUUGAGACACUGAAUAAGCUAAGCAAGGAGGAGGAAGACAUCUACAAACUGCGACAAGACUUCCAAAGGACUGUUAUCAGCCAACAGCCGGCCACCCAGUUCACAGAGGAUGGAGGCUCCUCGGCUGCCAAGCAGGCGCCCGUGGCCCCAGAUGGCCGCUCUCAGAGGAGAGACACCAUCCGCAUGAUCGUACGCGGGAGCCUGGGGAGCUGCAGCAGCAGCAGUGAAUGCCUGGAGGACAGCACCACGGGCACGGUGGCUGAAGCUGUUGCCAGCGUCCUUCGAGGUUGUCUGGAACACAUGCCCAAAGCGGACAGCAUUCCUAAGGGAACAAACACCAGCACUCUUCGCUGGGUCACCAAGUGGGUGGACUACUCCAACAAAUAUGGAUUUGGUUACCAGCUCUCCGACAACAUUGUGGGCGUCCUGUUCAACAAUGGAACACACAUGAGCCUUCUGGCCGACAGAAGGACUGUGCACCAUUAUGUGCAGCUGGGCCAUUGUUCAGUCUUCUCCGUCUCCGAAGUGCCUGAAUGCUUUGUGGGACAAAUCACCAUCCUCAAGUACUUUGCGCACUACAUGGAGGAGAACCUGAUGGAUGGCGGGGAUGUGAGUAAUGCCAGCGAGAACCAAAUGCCCAGAAUCUACCUUCUCCAGUGGCUCAAGUCCGACAGGGCCCUCAUGAUGCUCUUCAACGAUGGCACCUUUCAGGUGAACUUCUACCACGACCACACCAAGCUGAUCCUGUGGACGGAGCAGCAGGAGUACAUGUUGACCUACAUUAACGAGGAGCGCAUCUCCACCACGCUGAAGCUCAGCUCCCUGCUGGCCACCGGCUGCUCCUACGACCUGCGCGAACGCUUGGAUUACGCCCUCAACAUGCUCGUGCAGAGGAGCAACUGAAGAAACCCUGAAACACACAAAGACUGAAAUAUCUGGACACACACCGCCAACUGUGACACUGACACACACACACACACACACACACACACACACACACACACACACACACACACACACGCGCGCACGCACGCAGAGACACGAUCACCUACAGACACAGACACACAAACAUUGUUUCACGGUGUGUGAAGCACAGCUGGGACAUUCACUCCGUAUGGUGUCCUUAUGGGUUUUCAGUCUUUGAUUGACUGAUGACUUCUUGCGCAGGACAAAAAAAGGACGUACUACCUAGGCUGGACUAGUCUGGGGUGAGUUUCUCAAGAGGAAAGUUGUUAGCCUGUUAGCAACUUCGGUAGUUGCCAAUGGGAAAAUGCAUUGAAAGCAACGAAGUAGCUAAUGUAGUAAGCAACUUUGGUUUCGAGAAAUUCACCCCUGGGGCGGCAGCGUUAUCUUUCCAGAAUAUUCCUUUCCCUGCUCCCUCCUCCUCUGGGGAAACUAGCCCAGCGCUAUCAGAUAUUCCCUGCCCACUGAGCCGAAAGGUCUCUUUCACAGGAAAGGGCCGUACCAACUCUGUAUGUUGACAGAAUGUAAGAUGGGGAAAGUUGAUUGAAGGGAUGUGGACGACUGUUGAAGGAUUUUUUUUGUUUCUUUUUCUUGUUUUCUUUUUGUGUGUGAAAAUGUUUUAGGAGGACAAAAGAAUCCACACUUUCUGGGCUGGACCCAGAUGGACUUGACUGUUGGCUGCGAUGAGUUUGUAGAUAUGGGGGGGGCAACGUUGUUAUUGUUGAGGGGGAGUUUGUAGAUAUGGGGGGGGAUGUUAUUAUUCGGGGAGCAGCUCUGUUGACCAGAGGGGUGUCUCUGAAAUAUAAAUUGAGAAGGACGGAAAGGCAUUGAACAAUGGGUUUCAUAACAUUUACCUGAACAUACUGUACAUAUGGGAUUUCGUAGGCAUGAAGGGGGAAAAUGUUUAACGAGCUCUCUCUCCAUGAACACAUGGUCCGUUGGAAAUAAUUUAUUGUGUAAAUAAUGGCGUAUUUAUUUAUUUAAUGAAUAAAAAAAUCAAUGUUCAAUUAAA